ACGUCACUCCUCCUCUAGCGGGACUCGCAAAACCAAGAAGCCAUCAUAAAAAUAUUGGCCGGAAUUCGAGGCGCUGCAUCGCUAAGCUAAGCUCUCCCCCCUCCCUCCCUCCCUUGUGCCACUGUCGCCGGUGGAGGACUCUCCCAGCUUCCACCGUCCCUCCUCUCAUUUCCUCCUCCCCCUUCACGGCUUCACCCACACGAGGCCACUACCACCACCUCGCAGCCCCGUCCCGUCAGCGGCGGCUUCGGAGAAAGAAUCCCUUGCUUCUUCCUCUUCCGCAGGUUGGUGAGGCGGGGUGAUGCGCCAGGAAGCAGCACCGGGGGUGCACGGCGGUUGAUGGUGGCGGAUGGAGAGUAGGCGAGGAGGAGGAGGAGGACCGGCGGCGGCGGCACCAGCGGGAGACCCGCGCGGGCCGAUGCCGGGCUUCGGGGCUCCUCAGCACACCAUCCCAACGGAUGUGAACAUCAUGCAGCCUUCCCGAGUCGCUGAUUUCGGGGCGCUCGCGCACUCUGCGGGAUUCAGAAUAGAAGAUCUUGCUAAUUUCAGCACAAAUAAUUUGUUCAAUCUGAAGCCAAAUACACAUGCAUAUACCAGUGAACCCCUUCAGUUUGGAAAUUACGGAAAGUCCAUUUCUCCGACUGAUCUAGCUACUACAGCGGCGGCAGCAGCAGCAGUAACAGCAGUUGAUCCUCAGGCACUACUACAGCAAAAGGGAGUGCAACCAAAUCUAGUAGCUUUAAGAACUCAUAACAAUGAUAACUGGGGAGAGUCAAGUAUGGCUGAUACAAGUCCUAGGACUGAUACAUCAACGGAUCUGGAUAUAGACAUUGAUGAGCGGAACCAAAUGUUUGAACAAGGACAGCUUGCUGCCCCCACUGCUUCUGAUUCUAGUGACAAAUCAAGGGACAAAUUGGAUCAUAAGUCACUUCGCCGUCUCGCCCAAAACCGUGAAGCUGCUAGGAAAAGCCGUUUAAGAAAGAAGGCAUAUAUCCAAAACCUGGAGAGUAGCAGAUUGAAACUUACUCAACUAGAGCAAGAGCUUCAGCGUGCUCGUCAACAGGGCAUCUUCAUUUCAUCUUCAGGGGAUCAGUCUCAGUCAGCGGGUGGAAAUGGAGCUGUGGCAUUUGACAUGGAGUAUGCACGAUGGUUGGAGGAACAUAACAAGCAUAUAAAUGAGUUGAGGGCUGCAGCCAAUGCACAUGCUGGUGAUGAUGAUCUUCGGAAAAUUGUUGAUAGCAUCAUGUCGCAGUAUGAUGAAUUUUUCAGGCUCAAGGGUGUAGCAGCCAAAGCAGAUGUUUUCCAUGUGCUGUCGGGAAUGUGGAAGACCCCUGCUGAGAGGUGCUUCAUGUGGUUAGGUGGCUUCAGAUCAUCCGAGCUCCUUAAGUUACUGGCAGGUCAACUAGAACCUCUUACUGAGCAGCAACUUACUGGCAUAUGCAACCUGCAACAGUCUUCUCAACAAGCUGAAGAUGCUCUUUCUCAAGGGAUGGAAGCACUACAACAGUCGCUUGCAGAAACCCUGGCAUCUGGAUCCCUGGGCCCUGCAGGAUCUUCCGGUAAUGUUGCAAGCUACAUGGGGCAGAUGGCAAUGGCCAUGGGAAAACUUGGCACCCUAGAAAACUUCCUCCGACAGGCUGAUAAUCUUCGUCUGCAAACCCUUCAGCAGAUGCAACGCAUAUUAACCACUCGCCAAUCUGCACGAGCUCUGCUUGCAAUAAGCGACUACUUCUCUCGGCUACGCGCUUUGAGUUCACUUUGGCUGGCCCGUCCACGGGAAUAAAUUGAAUCCAUUCAUAAAUAGGAUAAUUAAUAAUAUUAGGUGCUGUAUCUUGAGUGUUGUACUAGCCAGCCCCAUAGGAAUUCAGGUAUUCCCUACUCCCUAGAUUCUUCAUAAUGUUCUUGUAUCGGCGAGCAGUUUGGAUCAGAAUCAUGUCAGGAACAUUUACGGUGAAUGUUCAGUGGAUAUUGCUGCCUGUAGAUGACAUCAAAUUACCAACUAUUGAACAAGUUCGUAGCAUUUUUGAAAA